CAGGGCGUAUGAAUUUGCGCGGGUUGCCGAGCCCGUGAGCCGGACGAUGAGCUAGCUAGCUAGCUAGCUUCCCGAAUAGUCGCUGCCAAAGCGCUUUUCAGUUCGACAAAACUUUCUUCUCGCUCGAAUCAAAGCGACAACAUGUCGAAGCGUGCGGCUUUCAUUAAAGCCGCUUGUAAGGAACAUGUGGACGACUUCCUUCAGCUCGUCCAACUUCACAAGGACAGAACGGAUCCUUUUGACCUUGAAGAGGUGAUGGAGGAGAUGUCAAGGGAUCAGCGUGAGGCGGUGUGGGGAAAACUAGCCUCUCUCCUUCGGGAUGUCCUUCUGGAAUUGCCCCCGGAACGCUGGGAUGAGGUCACGGAUGCCGAGUCUGCGGUGGAUCCCAAACGCGUGGUGGCUGGCGUGACUCUGGUGGCCACCGUAUCUCUGAAGGUCCUGCAAAAUGGCGACACCUACAAUGGGCUUCUUAACAUUACCCACCAGCUUCACGAUGUUCUGGUGUCGUCGCAUCCCAGGACGGAGGAUAACGUGCUUCCCCACAUCCAAACGCUGUGCGAGGCCUGGUGGAAGAAAGACCUGCUGAACAAAGACAAGUUUGGCCGCACCGCUUUGGUCAUCGCUUUGAACAAGAUCUUAUAUUCCAAGAAAAUGAACACUGAGCUCCAAAGAGCAUGGAGCCUACACAAGGUGGUCUCCAAUGUGAACUACGCCUCUGAGGACGGCCAGCAGCUGAGCGCGCAGCUGGUGCAGUGCUUCCGCGGUACCAGCUUCAUCCGUAACGACGACGGCAAGCGGUUCAUGGUGUUUCUCUUCAGCUGGCACGUCGAUUUCGUCCCACUCAUCCACGAAACCAUCAAAAAUCAGCUGCAGUUCUUUAACACGGUGACCACGGAGGACGUCGCCGAGAUCUACUUCCGUGCAUGGAAAAAGGCCAGCGGCAAGUUCCUGGAGAAGAUGGAAAGCGAGUGCAUACAGGACUUGAUGAAGUGCGCCAUACUGUUGCAGAGGUCGUCACCUCUUUGCCGCAAAGUCCGACAGAUCAUCUUCUAUUUCCACAAGAAGAAUGUCUGCCCCUCAGUGGGCAAAAUGCUCAGCGCCCUCUACAAGCCCGUUCUUUGGAAGUAUCUCAAUGUUCCUAAUUUUGAGGUCCGCACCAACGCCACAGUGCUGUUCGCAGACGCCUUCCCCAUCGUUGACCCCGAUACGGAAAUCGAAGAGGCCCUUCAAAAGCAGCUGGGCAAACUCAAGGUCCUGCUGUUCGACAAGCAUGACGUGGUGCGCUGCAAUGCCAUCCAGGGCGUCUGCAAGGUCCUCGCCAGGUGCUGGGAGUUGCUCCCGUCGGUCGUUAUCGUGGACUUCCUGAAGAAAUUGGAGGAGUUGGCGGGCGACGGCAGCUCCGAUAACGUCCGCUGCGCCGUCUUUGCGUAUCUGUGCAUUGUCUUGGACAACGUGCUCAGCCACCCCGCGCUCGAGAAGCUGAUGCCCAAGUGGAAGAACAGCCUCCACGAUGCCUCGGUGAAGGUCCGCGUGGCUUUUGUCGACAUGCUCCUCAAGGUCAAGGCGGUCCGCGCGGCCAAGUUCUGGGACGUGUGCAGCCUGGACCACCUGGUGGCCCGCCUGGCCCGCGACACGCCACACGUGUCCAAGCGCCUCGCCGAACUGCUCAUGGACUCCUUUUUCCCCGCCAAAGGCAGCGACAGGGACCGGUGCAACCGCUGCGUCACCCUCAUCCAGAUGAGCCCCGCGGCGGCUCGAAAGUUCUACCUGUACGCCCACGUGCACACGGCCCCCAAUAACAUAGUGAAGUUCAUGCUGGCCAUCCGCCAAGUUUUGAACUUGAGCAUCCGGCGCGAUGACGGCGCCGACGCCAAUCUCGAUGACAGCGACGAGGAAAACCGAGCGGGCGAGAAGCCUUUCGCACUGGAGAAGGACGUGGUGGCCACUCUGCUUGAAGUGGUGGUCAUCUUGUGGAAGAACAUCAGCAGGUCCCUCGAGCAAAACGAGGAAACCCGGACGCACGUGCACGCCCAGUUUGGUCAAGUCAUGAGCAAAUACUUGAGCCAAUUCACGGAUGAGCGCUGCCAAGUUGCCCUCAUGCAGAUGGCCUCCUUCAUGCCUUUCUCCACGGUGGCAACAUUUAGCUUCAGCGUGCUGGCCCGUCUGAGGAAGAUGGAACCCGAAGCCCCGCCCUCCGUCUACGGCCAGCUGUUGGACUGCAUGUGCAGUUGGGGCAAGACCGCCAGCGUCCUGGAGCUCCUCAUGGAAUGGCUUAGCCAAGCCCUGCCCGAGAGUCAAGGGGUUUGUUCCUCGCCGCCCCACCGGGUCAACGCCAAGCGGAAGGUGACCAUCCAGGUGACGGAGGAGGCUAAGCCGGACCUGGCGCUGGCCUACUUGGACCACCUGCUCCUUUACCCGUCUACACGAAACAAAGUCCUGGCUCUCAGUCAGGGUCCACUUAAGCGUCUCUACACUCUUCUAGGCAACUGCAAGUCAGUGCUGUACUCUCACCUCAACUCUGAGGGCGCAGCUGGCGCAGAGCUGGCCCUUAAGGCCUUCACCUAUCACGGCCGCCUCAGCGUGCACCUGCAACACCACCUGUCGGAGGGCCGCGAGUACCUGCAAUCUCUGGAGUACACGGCAGCGUGGCUUGGCGAGAGGGUGCUGCCCGUCCUGGCCAAAGCUCAUCAGGGACACGGCCAAGGGGAGGCGAACACUUCCAGAGCGUUGGCAGCGGAGAUAAUCCAGGCCUUCCUGACCAUGUGCGGCGACGUGGUGCUCUGUUUGGACGACGACGCCUUCAAAGCUCACGUCCUGCACCUCUGCUCGCUCCUCGUACUCCCAACUGAUGCCGCGAGCUACUUGUGCAUUCCCGCCAUGCUGCAGGUUCUGAAGGAGCUAAUGGCGAGUUACUCCCCGGUUGAGCGCAAAGCACCCGGAGACGAGCGGGAUGCUGCCACCAAGUGUCUGUCGGUGGUAGCAAACAUAUUCCAGAAGAUUAUAGAGCUCUUGGCCGGCCGACUUAAGAAAGAGCCCGAAGAGGGUAAGCGGCUGUGCCAGUCGGCUGUCAGCGGGCUCCGGGACUUCCUUCGAGUGGCCCAAGCCUCGAAAAUCAGCGCAGUCUUUGACACCCUUUUCGCCAUUGUCGUGGUGGAAACGAGCUAUGCUCUUCAGAAGAUGACGCACCCCGAAGAGGUGACAACUCCAGAGAAAGUGGAUGACCUGCCUAUUCUCUCCAGCACCAUUCUGUCAGUCCUUCUCAAUUUGUCGCCUGUCACCGGGGCCUUUUGGGCUGAAAUGUUCUCCUCACUCUACUCUGACACCUACUUCAGUCUGACUGAGCUGGCCGCUGUCGUGCACCUCCUGGCGGUCCUGCGACACGCGAUGCGGCCCAAUGAGUGCUUGAAGAAAAUCGCCAUUAUUGUGCAGCAGCGGAUACACGCGCAAGCAAAUGCAAAGCACGAUGUCCAAGGGGCCAUUUAUCAAUCUUCUGUGACGUCGCUGAAUGAGAUCUUGACACAAUGGGAAGUUUGAGAAAA